AUGCAUAUCUCUAAGGCAAUUGGUAUGGGCUCCGUGGCUCUUGUUUCUUUUAUGCAAGUCUGCCCUGCUCCUUGGGAAGCCAUUGCCCCUCUUAUAGGUGGUGUCAUCUCCGGUUCAAUUGCUGGAGGCCUGAGCAAAAGUCGCCGGGAUUUCACAAACUUCCCCAACGACCUUGGAGACCUUACUGCGCGAGACCUGCCCCCAGGUGUCUCUCAAGCCGCUUUCGACCAGUGCAAGUCGGAGAUCAAUGCCCAAGGGCCUGGCAGCCCGGUCAAGGUGUACAGCACCGGUGCCGACUCCGCUCGAGCCGAUAAUGUCCCUGCCGCUUGUAUGGACCUUGCUACAGUUGUCCUCGGUACGCCAUCCCAGGAUGGCGGCCCAGUUCCCACUCCUAUGGGUAGCUCGAGUCUUGAGUACACUGGGCUCUCCGCCCAGGACAAAACUGAUCUGCAGAGUGCUCUUUCUGGAAAGCAGUAA